GGAGGUGGGGCCGCCGCCUCCCCGCCCGCUCGCUCGCCGCCAUUUUGGCUGGUUCGCGUCGCUUCCGCCGCUGGAAGUAAACAGAGAGCGAGGCUAGGGAAGGAGCAGAGCAGCGACGCGGGCGGGACGGGACGGACCGGACCGGACGGUCGGGCGGCGGAGGCGGCGCUGGGGUCGGCUUUGGCGGAGAGAGCUGAUGUGGCCGGAGCGGAGGCGCCAGCGCGGCCCGAGCCCCGGUUAAUGCGAAGCGCAGCAGGGAGUCGCCAGAAUGAAACGAGGAAGGAAAUCUAAUGAGGCCAACAGCAGUUCAUCUGAAGACACAACUGAGAAGGAAUCCAAGAGACACAAGAUUGUAGAGAGGAAAACCACAGUUGUGCAGAGUCCUGACUGGGCAAACCUUCUCCAAGACAUUAUCCUGCAGGUGUUCCAGUACUUGCCACUUCUGGAUCGUGCUCAUGCAUCCCAGGUCUGCAGGAGCUGGAACCAGGUGUUUCAUAUGCCUGAUCUCUGGAGGUGCUUUGAGUUUGAGCUGAAUCAACCAGCCACGUCAAACCUGAGGACUACACACCCCGAACUAAUCAAGCAAAUAAUAAAGAGGCAUUCCAAUCACCUGCAGUAUGUUAGCUUCAAGGUGGACAGUAGCAAGGAAUCUGCAGAAGCAGCUUGUGAUAUUUUAUCACAGCUUGUGAAUUGCUCUCUGAAAACACUUGGGCUAAUUUCAACUGCCCGGCCAAGCUUCAUGGAUUUACCAAAGUCUCACUUUAUUUCUGCACUGACAGUGGUGUUUGUGAACUCCAAAUCCCUCUCUUCACUUAAGAUUGAUGACACACCCGUAGAUGAUCCAUCUCUCAAGGUUCUGGUGGCUAACAACAGCGACACGCUCAAACUGUUGAAAAUGAGCAGCUGUCCUCAUGUUUCUCCAGCUGGUAUCCUUUGUGUGGCUGACCAGUGCCAUGGCUUGCGUGAGCUGGCGCUGAACUACCACCUGCUGAGCGAUGAGCUGCUGCUUGCUCUGUCUUCGGAGAAACACGUCAGGUUAGAACACUUGCGCAUCGACGUGGUCAGUGAGAAUCCCGGACAGACUCAGUUCCACACGAUUCAGAAGAGCAGCUGGGACGCUUUCAUCAAGCAUUCUCCUAAAGUAAAUUUAGUCAUGUACUUUUUCUUGUAUGAGGAGGAGUUUGACCCGUUCUUUCGUUACGAGAUCCCCGUCACUCACCUGUACUUCGGACGGUCGGUCAGCAAGGACGUGCUCGGCCGCGUUGGGAUGACGUGCCCGCGCUUGGUUGAACUGGUGGUGUGUGCCAAUGGAUUGCGGCCACUGGACGAGGAGCUGAUCUGCAUCGCCGAGCGGUGCAAGUACCUGUCGGCCGUGGGCCUCGGAGAAUGUGAAGUCUCUUGCAGUGCCUUUGUGGAGUUCGUGAAGAUGUGUGGCGGUCGCCUCUCUCAGCUCUCUAUUAUGGAGGAAGUUUUGAUUCCUGAUCAGAAAUACAGCUUAGAGCAGAUUCAUUGGGAGGUCUCAAAGCAUCUUGGUAGAGUCUGGUUCCCAGACAUGAUGCCCACUUGGUAAAGUCCUUAAAAGACUCCAGGGCGAAUGGAGUAGCACCUUAAACCCAAGCUUACCAUAUUGCAAUUUCCUGUAUAAGCUUAUUUAAUAAUAUAGAUUUUGCUGCAAGUUAAUUAAUGGUUUGAUUAGAAAAUUAAUUUUUCUUUCAAAAAUUGUUUUGGAACUUGAGAACCAAAAGAGUUCACAGUCCAGAACCUGUUUUCAUCCAAACAAAAUUCAGUUUUCUGUUUUAUAGUCCUUGUCAUUAAAGGUGACCUUAGAUAUUUUUGGAAAUAAAAAUUAUUUAAAAUAUUGAAAUGCACUUACAAAAUACCAGUUUUAAUAUGGUGUUUUUCUUUGAUUUAGAUUAGUAGUAUUGGACACAAUCAUAUUUGAUCUUAAAAAGCCAAGCAAAACCCCACCAAAAUUGCAUGUUUUGUUGCAGACUGUAGUAUUCUAAAUCCAGUCACCUCGAUGGCAAGAUGAUGAUUAUGAGGAGUGUUUAGUGGCCUGUGAAAUACACACGUUCUGUUAAGUCAUAAAGGCAAGAGCAAUACACAAUAAUAAAUUUAGACAACUAAAGUAGUAAGUUUACCACCUUAUUCAACAGAUUAUUAUAUCCAUCUAAAAUGUAUUUAGAGCGCUAACAGCCGGUAGUGUGAGCUACCAAAAGCAGUGUGGGGUUUUUUCCAUGCUCUAUGCAUUUUAAUGUAGUUUGCUUAUGGGAUCUCAGAUCUGCGUCUAAACCUGUUUUAAGGUAUUUUAUGUCUAGCUCAGGAAGCGAAAGCAUUCUGGGGGAAAAUGUAGAUACAUUGUAUUUAAAACCACACUGGAGUUAAUGAGCUUUUCUUGCACAUUACCCGGUUUGGCAGCAUACGGUGAGAUGGAAUAAUGCAUGGUUUGUGAAAUGAACCCAGCAAUGUUAUUCUGAUGACGUGGGUGUGAGCAGUGUGAGGUGAGAAAGGUAAAAUUUGAAUGUUGACCAAGAACCUUUUCACAAAACCUUAGACUUUUUGGCUGCUUUCAGUUUGACAGAAAUGACAUUGGAACAGUUGCUUAAGCUGUAUAAACUAACUGUAUACUGUAAAUCUGUUUCAGAAAUGUUUAUGUAUAAAGUGGAUGUUUAAUAGAUGAUAAUUUUUGUAUAACUUUAA